GCGAAAUAACCGCUAGCUCUCGAGUGGUAGGUGUAGCGUACGCGCGCGUUCGCUUUGCUGCAGUUUCGUGUACGGCGCCGAGACACGUCGAACUCCUUCGCCACAACAGGGUUACCGGGUCACACCGUGUCGAUAACGUAUAACACACACACACACAUACACAUACAAAUAUAAAUAUAUACGCACAAGGGAUAGGGUAAUAUACGCGUACACGAGCAGGUAUUGCACGUCGUCGUCGUCGUCGUCGUCGUCGCGUUAAACCCCGUUUGACGCGAUGUGAGAUCAAAAAGACACCGCCACAGCGCGAUAUGGACACCGUUGUCACGUCUCGUCGUCUGGAUAAUAAUAUAUUGCCGGAUGUAUAAUAGAACGCGUGUGAGACUUGAACAUUUGACAUACGCCGCCCGGGCACCACGGUCGUUUUGUGUACACACAAAAUAGAUAUAUAUAUAUACAAUAUACAUAUGACGCGUAAAAGGACAUUCUCCGAUGUACUUGCCGCCGAUUAUUAGUAGGUAUUGUCAUAACAGUAAUAAUGUGUUCUAUUGUCUCGCACCGUACAGAACGUACGCGGUCAAUCGCGGUGUCUUGACCGCGCGGGCGAUGAGAGAGUUAGUCCUCUUACCUCGUCGUCGUCCCGGAAGUCCUGCGUCGGCGAUAUUAUGAUUGCGAACGCAGACGUGCGACGUCGUCUUAUUGUUCCUCCGGCCAGUUUAAAGGUAUAAUACCUAGUUGGUAUAGAUAUUUUUACCAGCAGUAAAUUAUCCGAAGUUUUAUUCGUAUUGUUGUAUAUACUAAGCAUAAAUAUUUUCUGGCGAAUCGGAAAACUGAUACCAAAUCUAUCACAACGGAAUGAUUGAAUACAAAAUACCACCAAAAUAUUUAAAGCGAGAUGAAGUAUAAUGAAAGGCACCAAUGGAUCAUGUCACAUCAUUAUAUUAUCUACACACAAAAAUUAACAUUAACCAAGUAAAAAUUUAAAACGACAAAAUAAAAAAAAAAUUAAUAUAUAACAUCGAAAACCGCUUGUCUGAACGAGGGAAAUUAAAAACAUCAACUAUGUCCAUCGCUACACCGGACGAAGAUACUCGAGUGAUGAAGGUCGAAAACAGCGAUGUGCCCACUAUAUUCAACCCGCGGAAGCCUAGACUUUCGCAAAGUAACGCCGUGCUGACGUCAGACCACAAACCUUAUGGUCCUUUCUCGCAUGUGCUGUCCAGAAGCCAAUCACUGUGUCAGCCCGAAGACGUGGAACAGGUCGAACAGUGCCAGCGGAGGCAGUUGGGCGUGUUCAAAAGGCUGAAGAACAAAUGUUGUUCGAAACAUGCGAGGAAGGUAUAUUAUGGUUUGUGCGUCACUUUCUUUGUCACCGCGUCUUGGGUGGGCGCUACGCACGCCAUCAAGUACCUGUACAUGUACCAUCCGACCAAAUAUCCGGUGCUCACAGGCAGCGGUAUUAAUUUUUCGUCCAUACACCAGCAAACGCUGAUGACGUACAACGCGCCAUUCUUUACCACGUGGUUUUGCACGAACUGGACAGUGCUGUUCUUUCCGCUGUAUUUCUUCUGUCAGCUGGGCAGCCCCAACUACCAGACGCCCACAGACAUACUCGGCGAGAGCGUCCGGAACUUUCGGGACCGCGGUUUCACCGCCGCCCACUUCCUGACCAGAUGCUGCAUGUUCUGUAUGCUGUGGGUGUUCACCAACUACCUGUACAUACACGCGCUCAGCAUACUCGUGGCCACCGACGCCCUAGCCCUGUUCGCCAUCAACGUGUGCUGCGUGUAUCUGCUGUCUUGGGUUAUACUCCACGAUCAGUUCGUUGGCGUCCGGAUUGUGGCUGUCAUCCUGUGCAGCACAGGCGUGGCUUUACUCGCCUAUAUGGAUGCCGGCAUAACGAAUAAAAAGAAAACGAUGACCGGGGUUUUGUUAGCAGCUCUAGCUGCCGCCGGGUCAGCUGUGUAUAAAGUCAUGUUCAAGAAAAUGAUCGGCGAUGCUACUUACGGUCAAGUUUCGUUAUUUUUUUCGCUCAUAGGCCUAUUGAACGCUGCGCUCCUCUGGCCAGUGUGUUUAGUUUUAUACUUCUCCGAAGUCGAAAUACUUCAUUGGGACCGUUUGCCUUGGAUGAUACUAUUAUCUGCCAGCACGUUGUCAUUGGUCGCUAACUUACUGGGAAAUUUGAGCGUUGCGUUCACUUACGACAUUUUCAUUACGUUUGGACUAAUCACCGCGGUUCCCGUAUCUGCAGCCAUUGACAUAACCAUACAUGAUGUACAGUUUUAUGGUAUGAAACUUGCUGGCAUCAUACUUAUAUCAAUUGGUUUCUUAUUGGUCAUGUUUCCUAACAACUGGCCAGAAUACAUUUUCCGAUUACUCAGGAAUAUAAUACUACUGAGUCAUAGCGCUAGGUGGAGCCGGAAGAACCGGGGUUUGCCACCAAAUCCACCAAAAGUGGAAAUUGACUACCGGACCGGGUACAUCAGAUCGCAUUUGCGAUCUCCGUCCGGUCGGGUAAGGUGACCAACUACUACCGUUAGUGCCAAUGCCGUUUACGUACCACGGAAGUCAACAACGUUAUACGUCGCUAUCGAUAAAUUGACCGGAAAACGUUGUAAUAAUAAUAAUAAUAAUAAUAAUAAUAAUUGUCAUAAAAAUUAUUCAUUGAAUUUAGUCGCAAUAGUUUUGCGAAUGUUCCGAUUUCAUUUCUUAGCCAUUUUACUUCUAUAUAUAUAAAUAAUAAAUCUUAGAGACAGUGUUUGAAUUAAUAUCAGUGUAGGGGUGAACUAUAACUUUAAAUUAAUAGACGUACAUUAUCAUAAUUUGAAUAUGUGAUAAUCAGAUUUUUUGGAAUCAGAUCAAUUUUAUUAUUAUUCCAAUUCGAGCACACUUUAAAAGUAUAAUAUUAAGACAUAUCCGUACAGCAGGUUCGUGUUUCGUGUAUAUUGUAUAAUAUAUUACUUUAUUAUGUACAAUUGUUAUUAUUAUAAUUAUUAUUAGGUACCUACCUGUGUAGAUAAUGUUUGUCAACUGACAACAGAAAUGAACAACAUUUUACGAUUUCUUUUACUUCUUGUUUAAUAUAAAAUAAAACGUAAUAAACUCGCGUAUUCGUAUGAUAUAGGUACUUACAUAUUAUUAUCUGUUUAAAAUCACGUUAAUGUAAUUUAUAAUGUGUUUAAAAAUGUAUACUUAUAUACUGCGAUGUCGCGCAUUUAUGAAGAAUUGCAGGAAACAUCUUGUGGAUUAAAAAGACGACAAUAUAUCCGUCCACGAGCAAUACCAUUGUAUAA